AUGAUCUUCAAUGCUGAUGAAGCCCACAACAUAGUUAAGGAGUGCAUAGAAGGUGUUCUGGGCAAAACAGAUUAUAACCACAACAAAGUCAACCAGUGGACUGCAGCUAUUGUAGAACAAUCACUGACGCAUUUGGUGAAACUAGGAAAAACGUACAAGUACAUUGUAACCUGUGCAGUGAUGCAGAGGAGUGGAGCUGGUCUCCACACAGCAAGCUCUUGCUUCUGGGAUACCACAACUGACGGAACAUGCACAGUGAGAUGGGAAAACCGAACGAUGAACUGCAUCGUCAACGUUUUUGCAGUUGCUAUUAUCCUGUAGCUGACUGGAGGAUGAAUAUAAGUAACACCGAAGCCUUUAAAAA